UGUAUUUUCGCAUAGUGAUGUGGUUAUUGUAGGAUUUAGCGAUGCAAGUGAGAAGGCGUACGGGGCUUCUGUUUAUUUACAUGUUGACAACAAUGGUACUCGCUCCACCACCUUGGUGUGUGCGAAGUCAAAAGUGACCCCAAGUAAUCAUGUAGUCACCAUGCCGCGACUUGAGCUGAUGGCAGCGUUACUUCUCGCGAAACUUAUCCGAUCUGUUGUUGAUACCUACUCAACCCGCUGUCAUAUUAGAAAUAUUUACGCGUUUUCGGAUUCAACCAUUGCCUUGCAUUGGAUUAAUUCAUCCCCGCACAGAUUACAGACCUUUGUCGCGAAUAGAGUGUCUAAAAUCAUCGCUUUGUUACCCGCGAAACACUUUUGUCAUAUACCGGGAGUGACAAAUCCUAGUGAUUGUUUAUCUCGCGGCUUGUUGCCUUCGCAACUUAUAAAUCAUUCGCUGUGGUUUACGGGCCCUUCUUGGAUGUCAAUGGACGAGAAGGACUGGCCCAUAACACCGUUCAAGCCGGACGCUUCAGUCGACGUACCUGAGACGAAAGUGAUUUCUCUCACAUCUACUACCGCGGUAGAUGAAACUCCACUGCUGUGUCAACUCGCCGCCCGCUGUUCCUCUUGGACUAAACUUUUAAGAACGACUGUUUAUAUUUACCGCUUUUUACAUGUUUUACCCCGCUCUGACUUUAUUUCCGCAACAGAUUUAAACUUCGCUGAAAAUAAAAUUUUAUCCGCUUUGCAAUCCGCUCAUUUUAAAGACGAACUUAAAAACAUAACCGCUAGUAAACGCUGUCAAAAGAAAAUUCAAAAGCUCAGUCCUUUCAUUUCACACGGCCUUAUCCGUGUCGGAGGCCGCUUGAAAAACUCGCACCUUUCUUUCGAUCAACAACAUCCCAUUUUAUUACCACGGAAAGAUCGCAUAGUUGAUCUAAUUGUCGAUCAUUAUCAUCGCAAGCACUGUCACGCCGGCCCGAACUUGUUGUACAGUUUACUUAGACAGCAGUACUGGAUUAUUACCGGGCGCCGCACUAUUCGUACACGGAUAGACAAAUGUAACUUUUGUUUCCGCACUUGUCCAAAACCCACGUUUCCUAUUAUGUCCGAUUUACCAUCUGUCCGCACUCAGGUGGUUCCGAAGGCUUUCAUACAUACAGGAUGUGACUAUGCCGGACCGCUAAGUAUUACGCUAAAGCGUGGACGUGGUAUACACAGUCAAAAAGCGUACAUUUGUCUGUUUGUGUGCAUGACCACCCGCGCGAUUCAUAUAGAAUUAGCAUCCGAUCUAAGUACCGCUACUUUUAUCGCCGCAUUCAAACGUUUUCUUUCCCGCCGCGGUCCCAUUUCAGUUUUACAUUCGGACAAUGGUACCAAUUUUGUUGGUGCAAAAUCAUUUUGUACCGAACUUUUUAACUUUAUAACUUCAGAUAGUUACCGCCGCGCUUUAGUUUACGAACUUUCCGAUUAUAAAAUCGAAUUUAAAAAUAUUCCGCCGAAUUCACCGCACUUUGGUUCUUGGGAACCUCUAAUUAAAACGGUUAAAACGCACCUGUUUAGGGUGAUAGGAUCACAAAUCCUCACUCUAGAGGAAAUGAACACGGUCUUGUGUCAAAUAGAAAACAUUGUUAACUCGCGCCCUCUAUGUAGUACAUUGUCACAAGAUCCAAGUGAACCGCUCGCUAUAACUCCCGCGCAUUUCUUAACACUAACCCCGCUUAAGUUUUUACCAGCGGCCCCAGUCGACGACAAGCCUUUGCAUCUAUUAGACAGAUAUCAGCUGUUAGACAAACUAGUUCAGUCUUUUUGGGACAAGUGGUCCCUAGAAUAUUUAAACACGCUUCAAUCGCGACAGAAAUGGAAUUUUCCUGUUUCCAAUAUUAAACUUGGUACUGUCGUUCUUGUCAUUCAAGACAACAAGGUUCCGCCUUUGCAGUGGGAGUUAGGCAUUGUUACCGAUGUACAUCCUGGUAAAGAUAAUGUUAUCAGGGUUGCUACAAUUAAAACUUCUAAGGGUAGUUUCAAACGGCCGAUUGUUAGGUUGUGCCCUUUACCCACACAGUAGUUUUAGUUUAUUUUUUAUUACCGCAGACACUUAUGCUGCGUUUAGGAUAGUAGUUAUAAGUGUUUCUUAUUUUUUUUUUUUAUGUUAUUUUCGCAUUCGCGUUUUUUACGCUAAUUUUCUUUGAAAGUUCACCCUUUCAAGGCGGGGUGUGUAGUAACGCCCAUUAUUAGCGUUAGUUAUUUUUAACGUUAUCGCAUUAUUUUUUACCUGUGGUAUCACUACUGCAGCGCCCUCUGGCGAGCCACUUAACUUUUGGUUGCCAAUUUUUCAAAAUGGCUACAAUCCGCGCCUUCUAACUUCUCCGCACCCCGCAAUUUUGUUUUUGUUUAAACCGCUGACGUUAUUCAACCCCCUUGUGCCACAAACACACCUAUUGUACACACAACAACUCAAAAAUACAUCAUAACACUUCAAACAUUCGAAAAGUGUAUUAUAUUCCCGCCUAGCCUACGCUCAACGGCCACCAGGGGAAGCUGGUGCCCGGCG